AUGAAUGAACAGUUGAAUACACCAAGUCGCGAACAAGUCGAAACUCAGACAAACGGCUCUUGUCCACUCUGUGGAACAUAUAUUUUUACGCCAAUGCGCACAGAAGUGCGAAUUCAACUGGAGUUGGGCAGUGUAUCAGCUAAUGCUAGCUUUGGCGAAGUGUUAGCUUUAACUCAAAUGUGA